CCGGCCAUGACGACCGCAUCCCCCUCGCAGGUGUGCCAGAACUACCACCAGCACUCGGAGGCUGCCAUCAGCCGCCAGAUCAGCCUGGAGCUCUACGCCUCCUACGUCUACCUAUCCAUGUCAUACUAUUUUGACCGCGAUGAUGUGGCUCUGAAGAACUUUGCCAAAUACUUUCUUCACCAGUCUCGUGAGGAGAGGGAACAUGCUUUGAAACUGAUGAAGCUGCAGAACCAACGGGGUGGCCGAAUCUUCCUUCAGGAUAUCAAGAAACCAGACCAUGAUGACUGGGAGAAUGGGCUGAAUGCAAUGGAAUGUGCGCUACACUUGGAAAAAAGUGUGAAUCAGUCAUUACUGGAACUGCACAAAUUGGCCACUGACAAAAAUGAUCCCAAUUUGUGUGACUUCAUUGAGACGCUUUACUUGAACGAGCAGGUGAAAUCCAUCAAAGAGCUGCGUGACCAUGUAACCAACUUACACAAGAUGGAGGCCCCCGAAUCUGGCAUGGCAGAGUAUCUCUUUGACAAGCACAUCCUGGGAAACAGUGAUAAUGAGAGCUAAGCCUUAGACUGGCUUCCGAUAGCCACGGGGAUGACUUCCCUGGUCACCAAGGCAGUGCACGCAUGUUUGGGUUACCUUUACCUUUUCUAUAA